AUGCGUACGGGUCAAAUUCUGACAGCCCGAUCAAGUGAAAUGCCGUGAAUGUGCUUAUGAUGCCGCAAAUGCUCGCAGCUCAUGGCACUUCCAAUGACCCACGGAGGGCACAGCGCAACACCGCAUUUCCAGCGUUUUCUGUGUCUCCCAUCAAUUUGUCGGGUCAUCACAACUUUAUCGUACCUUCGACCUGUCCUUGCUGCAGGUCACCUCAUCUUUACCCUGUCGAAAUUCGUGAGAUCGAAGUGCGCACACUCUGGCUAUCUCGACUCAUUUUGGAACCGCAUAGGCCAUCUCGAAAGGCCUUUGCAGCGGCAUGUCAGUCAAACAAGCAUCUUUCGGUAGAAGUAGACCACGUCAUGACAAAGAAUCCCGUCAACCCAAAACGAUCGGUAGUUCCUUCUCGUCCGAUGUCGAUGUUCGUUUGCAAGAAUGUGGAGCAAAUCUCACUCGUACAACUUCCGAGGGCGCAAGAGGAGGGGUUGAAGUAGACGGAAGAAUGUCUUCGGUGACCGAUCCAGGAGUUACUGCAACACGUUCGAAGGCAGAUACCCUUCACAAAGAUGGCUCGGCCUGGCUUCGUCGCUGGGACAAGCGUCAACAAGUGGAGAUGGAAUGGAGGUUUGAGCACGGUGAACUUCCUCCUGGACGAGAUGACAAGACGCGAGCAACACGCCCUGCCGGAAAAGUGACGUUGAUUCCAAGGAGUGUGCCAAAAGUCAAGCGCGUUGAGCCUGCAGAUGAGCAAAGUGCACCAGGUAUACCUCCACAGUGGCGUACAUCGGCUUCGCCUGCGCACAAAGGCAACGAAACUAAUGAGCAUGAAGGCGAUAUGCACCGCAACUUUGAACCUAAGUAUGCCGUCCCGAAACACUCGAUAGCUGACAAAUCUCCCGUAAUUCCAAUACGAAACGACUCCGUGAGAACAUGCAUCGAACAAGCGACGAGCCCUAUUCCAGAUCUCCGCCUCCGACAGGACGAAGCCCAAUGGUCAGACAAAUACGAUCGUCGACAUAAUAUGCAUCUGCAGAGCACGGCCGCAUUUGACUCUCAAAAUCGGAGCAAGACGUCGCCAAUCACCGCACCCAAGCGAUGCGACCCACCACCUGUGCCACCUACCAGUCCGGUUUCCCCGCUUGACGAGAGUUUCAUUGUCGUGAACACUACAGUGCUCCAGCAGCCUGGGUAUCUGGGCGGGGACACGACCACCGAAGUGCUGAAGAUAGCACCAAACACACCAGAUUGGCACUUCCACCGAGCUCUUGACAGACUCGAAGGUCGGCAGAUAGGUCCCAGAACGCCGUCGUCGCGGUCCGAGGUCAUCCCAGACUCGCCUACUCUCAAAGGCCUCGGUAUACAAGGAUUAAGCUCAGGUAUCGUCAAACCGGACACCAGUUCAGAAACAUCGAGCGAUCUAAGCUUGCUGCGUGGAGAGCAAGCGACGUUCAAACACAUGGCUAUGAUGGCUGCAAUGCAAGCAGCAAUCGAGAAUGGCCAUCACGAGGACGAGGAUGGCUACACGACUUCGAAGGUCCGUCCGGAUUCCCCUGUUGAGUGUACUACGGUGCCUGGUUCGCCUGACGGUUAUGUUUCUCGUAAGCGCCUACUAGUGAAGCCAAGUCCAGAGCACGGAAAGAUAGUUCCAGAGAGAAAUAGCACGUUCUUGAUGCAAGUUCAGGAAUGUGCGCGGCAAGAACAGGCACUGAGAGCUAGUACUCCAUCGCAUUUGCAGCUGGCCCAUCCAGCUUUGCGCGAUCAUGACCAUGUCAGGGACCAAGACUGCAAGCUCGACGCGUCGAAUGACAAGAAAGCGCCCAUACUGGAGAAUUUGCACCUGCGCAAACAUGUCGUCGAAAACUUGCAAUACAGUACUCGCCAGAGGCUUAUCGAUCGAAGGCUGAAGGGGAAGUCCACCGGUGGCGUUACCCCUUUACAGCAACAGAAAUCACAGCAGCCACAAACUAAGUCGGAGUUGGAGUUGGAGCCGGAUUCAGGCUCUCCCUGUAAAAGAAUAUCCAGCGCGAGUACGAUACUGUCUGCGGUUCAGUCUCCGUUUUUACCAUUCACGCAUCGCAGCAGCGAAGGCGAUUUGCGAACUUGUUGACGGAUCUUUGAUCAUCGAUCUUCAUUUGUCCGGGAUCAUGCAGACUGGUGCAUGAAGCACCUAUACCUAGCAAUGAAAAUUCAUGUCCUAUUCGGGCGAUGGACAUCUUCUCUGAGGACGUGCUGGAUGCCCGGUCUGUAAUAGUCUUCGUCGACCAUGCG